GAAACGCGUGCUCGCUCACGUGACUUCCCAGGCAGCAGCACGGGAAAGCGAAACUUAGCCGUGCUCGGUCCAGUUGCCAUAGCGAUGGGGUCCUCCUUACUCGGGCGCUGAGUUCCGGAGCCGGACUGCGUGCAAUGCGCCGUCGUUACGCCGUCGUUACGCCGUCGUUAUUGGCAGGCGCUUGGCUUCUCGUUUCGUUUCCGAUACUGAGAGUAGCGGCGUGAGUGCAGGCUGCCGCGCUGCUUUCUGUUUCCUUUCAUGUCAUUCGGGGCCCAGCUGUCAUUGGCUGUGCGUGGUGUUUACUCGGGUGGGAAAGUCCUAGAAGUCCACAACAAGCUCCUCUGUCCUUAGACGUUGGGCAGAUUUCAGCAGUAACUGGCCAUCUAUGAUCAGAAAAUGGAUAAAACCUGUAAGAAAGUCAAACGUCUGGUUAAACAACACCCUGAAGGUGUUCCUCUCACAGACCUGGCCGUGCUGUACAGUCAGCGGUACCAUCGCAACCUGAUAGUCGCUGAGCUAGGAUUCCCCUCCAUUUCGGCAUUCAUCGCCUCUUUGACAGAAGACCUGGUGGUGCACAAUGGGACUGUCUUCCACAGGAAGCCCAGUUCCCUGUGUCAGGUCGCUACGAAAAUGGUGAAACUAGUUAAGAGUUUUCCAGCAGGCGUUCCUCUCAAUAAGCUGGCAGUGUCCUUUAGUCAGAGAUACAAAAGAAAUCUCACCCUGUCAGAAUUAGGUUUCUCCACAAUGGCCGCUUUCAUAGACUCUCUAGAUGACAAGCUCCUGGUGAAGGCAGAUGUCGUGUACCACAGGAGUCACGCCUCAGCCGAAGAUGCAGAUAAGGACAGAAUUGUACAGGAAGUUGUGAAUUUGGUUAAAAAUCACCCAAAUGGUAUCCCCCUGAAGAAGCUCUCAAUGUUCUUCAGUCAGGAGUACAAGCAGAAUCUCGCCGUGUCCAAGCUAGGAUUCUCCUCGACUGCCGAUUUCGUCGGCUCUUUGUCUGCGGAUUUGCUGGUGGAAAAUGAAAGUGUCUUUCACAAGGUGCACAGGGCAACUCCAGGGUCCUCAGCUUCCUUGAGCAAAACCCAGCCUGCCCUGCUAUCUGGUCCUAGAAUUUCCUUUGGUGGGCCAACUCAGGACGAAAUGAGCCUUGAGGAACUGCUGGAGAAGGUUACGGAGGUCAUCAGCGUCCACCCAGCUGCUAGAACCUCUCUUACACAGCUUCAAAAUAGUUACUUCCUCCAUUUUGGCAAGAUUCUGCCACUGAAGCUGUAUAUGUCGCUUUAUGAUAGUCAAACAAGCAAACAGCAGGCUCCUUCUGGCCGAGCACCAGUUAAUGUGAAACUGGAAAGCACUGUUGCAUCCACGCCAGCGGCUAUUGAAACCAGCGCCUCUGUGAGCCCACAGAGCACCUCGCUGGCUAACGGAGACGGAUCUAAGAUGGACUCCCCUCCAAGGUGUCCCCAGCCCGCUGCCACCUCUGUGCUCCCCGCUGUCGCGUCGCUGGAGGACUUCCCGCCCCUCGGUACCUGGCUUUCCAGAGCAGACAAGAGUUCAAGGGAGACACAGGAGGGGGGUGCCCAGGUGUUCCGUGAGUCCUACCAUGCCCAGUUAAGGGAGGUGCACAGGGCUGACGUUCGGGCAGGAGAGGCUUUGGAGGAGGAGGCUGACGAUGGCCAGGAGAGCGUGCCGAGGCGCAAGAAGAAGGUGGUGAACCCGGAUGACGUGAACAGCCUGGCUGAGGACGCCAUCCGAUCCAUCGCAGCAGAGGGGGAAUUGGUCACUCACGAGAAGGUGGUGAGCAAGAUGUGCACACUCAUGCAAGUGUCUUCCUUGUACGCUGUGAGGAUCGACCCUCGGUGGCAGCUGCCUGCUUUGAAAGAACUCCAGCGGACCGUUAAAGAGAUCAACCUGUUUAUUCAUUCUGUAGAGAUGGCCUCUUCCAUGUGCACUCUCUACGAGCUAGGUCAGGCUAUCGCUGGCCUCAAGAACAAGAAGCGCUUUGAGGAGCUCCACCUGGGCCCUCUCUGCAAGUUCCCACUUGUUCACCGACUCUUUAAAAUAGACAGCAACACAAAAGACGAUGACAUACACCAGAUUGAGACUGUGGACAUUCUCAGGAGUCUUCGAAACUUCAGGAGAAAGCAGAGCAAGCCUAAAGUAGACCUGGCUGAGUUCAUGAAGUAUCUGGCAGACCAAUACAACUGCGAAUCUCCAUAUGAACUUGGCAUUAGGAUUCAAAGUGUCGGGCUGCCCAUAUCUACACUGACCAAAGCAUACAGCUCAGAGAAAGCCUGCAUGGACAAAGCCAGAGACGCCCUUCAGAAGGAGAUCGAGGAGGAGGUUCAGAGCAAACUGUGGAAGAUCAAGAAGAGCCUUCUGGAGCCGGCUCAGGGACUGCCCCUCUACUCCUCCGCCGGCAGCCUGGAGCUCAGGAAAAAGUACGCCGGCCUGACCGCUGCCGAGGCGGUCAUGGAGGUCUUCACCAACUCCAUGGGCGUCUUCAGCGAGAGGAUGACCAAGCGCGUUCAGGACUUCCUCAUGCACAUCUCGGGGGACAGACUGGCACGGACCUUGUUUCAGCUAGCAAUCUGUGGUGGCUCUCUCGUGAUCCCGCACGACUUGGCACCAAAGGAGAAAAGCCGAAAACAAGCAGCGGACAGGAAGUCGUCCGAGGAGGCAGUCGUCGAGGCUCCGCCCACUGAAGCCGUGGUGAGGCAGUACUUCCAAGAGUGCCUGUCCGCCAUCAUCGGCACCGUGUCGCUGGCCUCCCUCUGCAGGCUAGAGAAGAAGGUGACUGAGCACUUCUGCUUCAGGGAGUUCCGCCAGCUGCAGCUGGGCUCCUUCCUCGAGUUUCUGGUCAAAGACAUGCAGUUCCUUCAGGAGGCUGUAGGUGGCAGUGUGGCCAUUGGCAGCCAGGAUGUCCGAGCGUGUGGUUACAGACCGAGCCAGCAGGACGUGUAUGAGUUCAUUAAGCAGUGCGGGGAGGGUGAUCCGAGCCAGUUGCCGUUAGUGGAGGCUGCCCUGAGGAGCCAGUAUGGGCUCCGGGACUGUCGCGAGCUGGGCUACGGGCCCCUUCGCACCCUGGCCGACUUUGCCAGGCGCCAGCGAGAGCUGUGCGGAGGGGGCACGGCGGCCUGCGUGCGCUACGAGUGCCCACUGCUCCCCAAAAACCCAGGGGAGGGACUGCCCGACACAGUGGGCUUGCUGGGCGAGUUGAGCCGUGAUCAGGCGGUGGCUAGCCUCCUGUCUGCCCCCCUGCUCCAGGACCUGAGCGAGUGGAGCCAGUGGGCUCUGGUCUUUCAGCCCAGCCACGGACCCCUCAAAGACUUCAUCGAGAAGUACUGCGGUAACACAGACCUCCUGGCUUUGGAGGUGUCUCCCGGCGUGCUGUUGCGGAUCACUACGCUCACCAGUGACAAACACUUCUCUGGAGCAGCCCAGGCUCUGGACCCAGUGGGCACGGCCGGCCACCUGGUCUCCAUCGUGGUGGCACAUGGCAUUGCCAACACGCCCACAGCUCUGCUGGCCAAUCACAUGGAAGGGGCGCUGGCCACAGCGGUCGCACAAGAAGACUUAACUCUUGGUGAAGAUGACUGUACCUUCAGCACUGUGGCCAAGUUCCUGCUCGAAUGCAUAACGCGGAUGCCUACACGGAUUUGCAAAGAGCUCCUGCAGCAGGUGAUUUUGGAGCCUCUGUCCAAGGUGCUCGGACACGCCAAGUCCAAGUCUGUCCUGCUGGAGGCAGCCCGGGCUGAGAGCCGCUACCUCAGCAAGCUCCAUCGCAUGGGUCUUCUGCUGGGCCUCACCGAGUGGGUGCGGGACUUCCAUGGCCAGCUCGUCCCGCAGCUGCGACCCCAGCUGCCACCCGGGCUCUCCUCACACGCAUCCAAGAAUCCGGACGCCGACUCCAUGAGUGACAGAUCGUCAGCGUUGAGUCCGGACAGCGAGGACCUGCUGGAGGAGUCUGUGCUCAACGCCGUGUCCAGAUCCAGCUGCUCCAGCCUUGCCAAAGCUUCUCAGCAGGGUAUCACUGAUGCCGUCAGGAAUGACGACGCCGAUGAGGGUGACGAUGAGGAGCUGUUUGAGCUAGCGUCGGAGCUGAACGAGGAGGCCAGUAGCAUUGAGAGCAGAGGGGAGGAUGAAGAGGAUGAGGAAGAAGAGGAGGCGGUUCCUGCUAGUGAGUGCUUGAGUCAGCACAGAGCCAUCGUCGAGGACAUCAGGAAGAGUGAGUUUGGUAUCGGUGUGGAGCUGAAUGAAGAGGGUCAGAACCUGAUGAAGAAACACCAGCAGCGCCUGGGCCGCAGCCUGGAGCGCCUCUCCACCGAGCUGUACAGCAAAGACACUCACUUCGUGCUGGAGCUCAUUCAGAACGCCGAUGACAACAGCUACCCCCCGGGCGGCUCGGAGCUGCCCGCCCUGGCCUUUGUGGUGCAGAAGGACUGUAUCGCCAUCCUCAACAACGAGUGCGGAUUCGAGGAGCGCAAUGUGCGUGCCAUCUGCGACGUGGGCAGGAGCACCAAAGGGAAGCACACGUGCGGCUACAUAGGGCAGAAGGGCAUAGGCUUCAAAUCGGUUUUCAAAGUCACCGACUGUCCCGAGAUCCACUCGAAUGGCUUCCACAUUCGAUUCGACAAGACCAGUGAUCCAAUGGGAUACAUCCUGCCUCACUGGGUGGACGAGGAAAGGCCAGUACACUCUGUUGCCAAGGAGAUCACCGAAAAGAGCUGGACCACUAAGAUCUUGCUGCUGCUGCGGUCAGAGUGCUAUCAGACCAAGAACCUGUUCCACGACGUGCACCCCUCCCUGCUGCUCUUCCUGCACCGCCUGCGCUCCAUCACCAUCUACAGUGAGGCUGAGAGGAGGCUGGUGUCCAUGACCCGGAGAGACCUGAGCCAUGACAUACUGGAGGUGAAGCAUGCAGACGGAGUGGACCGCUGGCUGGUCGUGAAGAAAGUGCUCCACUCUAAGAAGAUCAAAGAGGGUGUGGAGUCCACGGAGCUUGCCCUCGCCUUCCAGCUGGGCACUGGCUCGGCAGGCGACGCCUGCACACGACCUGCCAUGCAACCCGUCUUCGCCUUCCUGCCCCUGAGGAGCUUUGGCUUCCGGUUCAUUGUACAAGGAGAUUUUGACAUCCCUUCUUCGAGAGAGGACGUAGACAGAGACAGCCCUUGGAAUCAGUUUCUUCGCUCAGAAAUUCCUCAGCUCUUCCUGCAAGCCAUGGAUGUCUUCAGUAAACACCCGGAGUUCAGCGAGCUGCAGGGACUCUGCCACUUCUUGCAGUUCAUUCCUCAGCCCAGCGAGAUCCUGGACUUCUUCAGCCCUGUAGCCAAUCAGAUCAUUCAGCUGCUGAAGGGUAAACCCUUCCUGCCAGCCAAGGAGGACCCCGAGGGCAGCGUGGAAUUCAAGCUACCCUCCCAGGUGGCCAUGUGUCAAGACCCCCUGGUCCAGGACGUGAUUGGAGGGGCAGAGCUACGUGAGCACCUGAGCCUGUCCUACCUGCACCCUGCCCUGCACUUAGCCCUAUCCUCGUCCCUGCUCAGUGCCCUGGGUGUCCACCGGCUCAGGGGAGCCGACGUCACCACCGUGGUGUGCGCCAUGGCCAGGAGCCUUGCGCAACACGGCCAUCUUCACUCAGACUCCAGCUUGAAAAAGCUGGCCAAGCUUCUGGCCUGUAACUUCCGCGCUCUGGACUCCGAGUAUGGGGAGGUGGACGACCUACUGCAGUCCCUCCGUGACGUUCCCAUCAUCCCGCUGGCCGACGGCCGUGUGGUGGCUCUCAGCGCCGAGGGUGUGUUCUUUCCCCUCGGCGAUGGGAAGAGGACUCACACAGGUCUAGAGGCGCUGUACGCGGACCUGAGUGUGGUGGAGCCGCGCCUGCUGGCCUGCCUGGACGAGCUGGGCAACUCACAGGUGCGUGAGCUGCUCCGCCGGCUGCAGGUACAUGAGCUGGAGCCGGAGCAGGUGCUGCAGCAGCACAUCUACCCCACCUUGAAGAGCGGCGUCUGGAAGGCAAAGUCCAAGGCCAUCACCGUUGGCUACCUGGUGUUUAUCAAGCAGCAUGGCCAGGAGCGGGACUACCUGGCGCUGAGGACGCACAUCCCUGUGUUGACCAACAGGGGCUUCCUCUGCUCCAGCCAGAGUGGAGUCCACUUCUCUAAAGAGUAUGGCAACAUCGAUCUGCCAGCUGAGCUGCCCGGCUUGGACUGGGUGCUGCUAGACACCGGCUACCUGCAGGCCGACCAGGACGUGGAAGGCUGGCGGGAGCUGUUCUCCAAGCUUGGCGUGAGGGACCUGCUGAUCUUCAGGAAGGAGAGGAGGACUCUCACUGCCACGGAGCUGGCCUCCAGCCCGUGGGCUGUGGAGGCGGAGCUGUGGCCGAAACCCUCCGAUGGCGCGUACGUCAUAGAGGAUCAGCACUGCGAGGAGUUCCGCUGUCUGGCCACAGCGGAGCAGCUCUCUGCCCACGACAAGUUGCGGCAGCGACAGGCCCUGCUGAGGCUGCUGGAGCGGCACUGGGACAGCGGAGAGCGAUAUGUUCAGUACAGGAGGGCUCAGGUUCUGGACAGCCAGGGCCGGCCAAGAGACUGCAGCUCCUCCUUCUAUCACCAGCUCACGCGGCUGGCCUGGGUGCCUGCCCACCGGCCCACGCGCGAGGGCGCCCGCUCCGUCGACUACCUGUGUCCCAGCGCCGUGUACCUCCUUUGCGACGACCUGUACCGCCUCUUGGGAAGCCACGUCCAUUAUGUCGACAUGGCCCCGAGCGAGUUCUCCAGGGCAGCGGGGAUGAGACACAGCAUGGGGGUGGACGAGAUGGUGGAAUACCUGAAGCGCUGGUGUACGAGGCAGCCCGACGGCGAGGGAGACGGGGAGGUCGUGGGGGCGGAGUUCACCACGACCGUUGGGCACAUCCACGCCAUGUACUGCUACCUGCAGGCGGAGUGCUCCAGCACACAGCUCAGGGAGCUCUUCCAGCAUUUCCCUGCCAUCUUCAUCGAGUACGACAGGACGGACGAGUGGUGUUCUGGGCGCUUCUACCAUCUUAAGGAUGUUUGCUGGAGUGAUUCUACAGGCAUGUUUGUCAGAUACAAGGACCUGAUCCGCAGGCCGGACAGUGGCAUCCAGGAGCCCAAAGUACUGGCCCCAUUUUAUAACAACUUAGAAAACAUAAAAGACCUGUUCAGGUGGUUAAACGUGGAGCCGGGCCCCUCUAUGAGGCAGUACGUGGAUCUCCUGGAGGCCGUAUGCGAGUCUGCCGCUCUUCCCACAGGAGAGGUUCUCCAGGACAUCUCUGUCAUUUUUGCCCGCCUGGGCGAGAAAUGUAAAAUCAGCACGCACAGAGAGCAAGAUCAAGAUGUGGAAUUAAACCAACACUACUGUAAAUCCUUAAAAGAGAUGGUGACUGGUAAGAAGGUGUUUCCUACCAAGACUCUGGGCUGGGUCACAUUGGCUCGUCAGCCCAUGGUGGCAGACAGCCCAAACCUGGAGAAAAUCUUUAAAUCCCACAGUGAGGUUUGUCUCCUCAGCCUUCCGCAGGCUCAGAGGAAAGAUGCCAACCGCCUUAAACAAAGCGGCCGUAAAGGCAGGCCGAAUGUCAGUGAGGAGCGCAUGACUUUCAGCGAGCAGGACCGAGAGCUCUUCCUGGACAUCUGUGGCGUAAAGAGGCUUUCCCAGUGCGUCACCACCGAAGCGCUGACGGAGAGCUACAGGCCAUGCCCGCCCAUGCAAGCUCUGGUGCGUGACGUCAUCCCCUACCUUCAGAGGUUCAUGUACCACCACGAGGACCUUGGAGAACUCUACAGAGAUCUGAAAGAUGCCGGCAUCGCUCAAGAGAUCAGGUCACUGAGUUUUGGCCAGGUGGGGAAACUCUACAUUUAUUACCGCCUGGAGCAGCCAGAGGAGCAACCCAUUGUGGAGAGCGACGACAUCAUAUGUCUGCUGAAAGACAGGAAGCACUUGUACAUUCAGAAGGACCACCUGCUGCCCAAAUUGGACAUAUGCAGAGAGCUGGUGAACCUGUUCACAACAGAGAAGAACUUUGUGAAGGAGCUGGAGCACUUUCUCGAGGGCCUAGUGGUCUGCAUCAAUGACAAAGCUGGUUUGAAAAGAUUCCUGGACCGAAAGGGCGUUCAGGAGCUCCCUACAGAUGAGGAGCCGUGGGAGGUUCCAGUGCCGGUGGAGGUCAAGCUGGAGCCCGCAGUGCCGUCCACCAUCCACACUGCAAUGCCCGCGAGUGCACUGGAAUCGGAAAGGAAGACCGGGGAGGACGAAGAUAAGCUGCAGUGCUGGCCUCCCAGAGCCUCGCUCAGCAAAACAGGCCUCGUCAGCACAGGAGCGGGAAGUCAGGCGGUAGAGGCAGUGAUGAAGAUGUGGCCGCCCCCAGCACCACCGGCCUCGGGGCCUUCUGCUGCUCCUCCAGUUCAGCGCGACCGCAGAGGAGAGAGGAGCUCCUCGAGUGUGGGCAAACAGGAGCGCCCCGGGGAAUUACACCUCCACGGAGAAGCAGGGGCGCUCCAUGUUCAGGGACCCAGGCCAAGUAGCACCCCGCACCCAGCAGGUCCAGCAGAACAAAGCCCCAGGGCUGAUGUGCCAGUAGCCCAGUGUGCGAGUGUCGCUCCCGAGCCCCCAGCCAUGUCAACGGAGCCUCCAACUGUGCAGGCUGAGCCCAGCACGGACACACCCAUCAACAGCUCCACCCCGGCCGCAGCGGGAGAUGUGCGCCCUUCACAGUCCUCGCAGGAAGUUCACGAAGCACUCCAGCCCACGGAGGUGGUGGCAAGCCAGUUCCAGGGGAGCGGUGCUCAGCGCUCGGGCAUGCCACUGAGCAACGCCGUGUGGACCAAACCCAUGGCCACGGAGGCGGUCCUGGAGGACCUAGCGCUGGAUGGCGCUUUGCCCCUGUGCCCGCCACUGCCGGUGGACUAUGACGACACCGCUGCCAUUGGCAUGUGGGGCGAGCAGCUGGUCUACUCGUUCCUUGGCCGCUGGAGAGACGUCAGUGGGGGACCGAGGGACGUCACCUGGUACAACCAGGGCGGCGAGAGCGGCCAGCCGUGCGAUUUCAAACUGACGUUCGCUGAUGACAGCGGCGCCGUGCGAGAUGUCUUCGUGGAAGUGAAGACGACGGUGAAACACGAGAGGCACUACAUCCGCCUGUCCGCCAACGAGCUGGACUUCGCCCUGAAGGAGAAGGGUCGAUACCACAUCUACCGAGUGUACGGUGCCGGAGACCCGCAGAGCGUCCGCCUGUGUCGCAUCAGGAAUCUUGCUCAGCACCUGCACGCCAAAACCUUGGAGCUGUUUCUAUUUGUGUAGUGACAAAGUGUUUUGGCCUUUUUAGCAUUUAGCACAGUGAAAUGAAGAGUUCAGUCUAAGGACUCGGUUUGCCAGCUUUUGUGUAAAUUUAGAUGUUGUUAAAACAAUCUUGUCUAAAAAUUCUUUUUAAUUUUUAUUAUUUAGAGUAAAAUUUGUAUAGUCCUAAUUCAUUUUAAGUUUUAAAAAGGUUUUAGUGGGUGUAUGUUAAAUUAAUCCUUGGUCAUAUGUGCCUGAGAAACUGAACAAAAUGCAUUUAUUAUAUAAACCACAUCUCCACUGACUACCACAAUGUUAUUAAUUACAUUUUAACAAAUUUUGGAAAUUUGUAGAAUCUUAAAAGAAAAUACAUUACAAAAAUAU